AUGUCGACUCAAGACGAUAGCAAGGCCAUACCAUUGGCCUUUGCACAUGAACAAACUCCAGUCCGCCUACUCGAGCUACCUCCAUCGUUACUUUCCCUGAUUGAGAAUUCGACCUUUCAAAGCUCGGCACCAGUGCUCAAGAUUAAAGCACCUCCAAAACCUAUUGACAACGGCCCUAAUACUACCCCCACCGGACCUACACCAUUUGCCGUCCUUACUACAGCUACCGAAACUUAUAAUAUCCGGAGUGUGCACUCCUCAAACUCGAUUUUCAUACUUAAACCCGUUCCAAUCCCCAUUAUUCCAGACCAAGAUGAUGCCGACUCAGAUACCGAAAUGGUCGACGACCCGGUCAUUACUUCAAAACCCGGGAUGAUUGUAACUUCUACAUGCGCAUCACACCUCGAACUCCUACCUUCGAAGCCAAAUACCGAGUUACUCCUUCAGUCAGCACUUACCGAAUACAAAUCCUUUGAAUCACCACCAGAUCGUCCUUCAGAACCUCUGUCAAAAUCCCAAAUUCUACUAAAUACGCCAGUAUCGGAUGCUGAAUUUCACGAAGGAUGGCGGGAUGUAACCGCAUUCGAGAUUGAUAACUGGGCACUGAGAUUGUCGCCUUCGACAGCUCUGCAAAUAUUUGAAGUUCUGAUCAGCCUUGUCCUCAGUCGUGGCCAAGUUGAGGAAAUCGAUAAGGACGAGAUGGGAAUGCAUUUUUUUAAUCAAUUGGUAGAGCAGGAUGGAGAUCUUGAAUACCCACCUGAUACUAUCAGGGCAGUUAUUCGGGGCGCUUUUGAGAGCAAGAAAACCGAAGACGGUAGUAUGGUAUACUCAUACGACACUCCAUAUACAACAAAAUGGGUUGGUAAACAUAUUCUGUUAUCUAAUCCAAAUAAAUCAUUCACGGAGAGAGAGUUCAUGGAGGCCUGGCGGUCCAAAGCGCCGGAUGAGUGCGAGAAGUUCGUGGAUUUGAAGUUGUUAGAAGGUUUGCACACCCGGUCCGUGCUAGGAGUGAUUCGGUACAUCCAUAGCACCGAUAGCGAGGGCGGUGCGGCACCGGCGAACAAGAAGAAGAACAAAUGGCACGAAAAGUUCGCGGCUGGGAAGAAGCGGUAG